UGUGAUCUUCUCACAUUAAAAUCUUAAAAAUUGCAUUGCAAAAGAUUAACUAAAUUUGUUAUGAUUUGAAUGCAGACAACAGCAAGAAAGAAAUUCUAGACUGGAAGAAACGCGUUCAUAUAAUUUCAGGCAUUGCUCAAGGGCUUCUGUAUCUCCACCAAUAUUCGCGGCUUGAGAAGUAGUUCACAGGGAUUUGAAAGCUAGCAAUAUCCUACUAGAUGCUGACAUGAAUCCCAAAAUAUCUGAUUUUGGCAUGGCAAGAAUAUUUGGAGGGAAGGACUCUCAAGCAAAUACUAAACGGAUUGUUGGAACUUAUGGUUAUAUGUCACCAGAAUAUGCCAUGGAAGGAGUUUUCUCAAUGAAGUCUGAUGUGUUUGCAUUUGGAGUGUUGAUGCUCGAGAUUAUCAGUGGCAAGAAGAAUACCGGUUUGUACGGUUCUGAUUAUCUUAGUCUUCUUAGAUAUGCGUGGAAUUUAUGGAAGAGUGAUUGUGUUGAUGAUCUCAUCGAUCCCAUAUUAGAAGUCUCCAAUGGUUCAUUAUCAAUUGCAAUUAGAUACAUUCAAAUAAGUCUAUUGUGCGUUGAAGAAAAUCCAGCUGAUAGGCCACUAAUUUGUGACGUUGUUGGGAUGCUAAACAACGAAAAAAGAGGUAUAGAAUCACCAAGAAAUCCUGCUUUAACGAUUGGAAGAGCAUUGAUUAAAGCAACCCCAACACAACAAGAGGUCAAGAUUUGUUCAAUGAAUGGUUUGACUAUGUCACAUGUAGAGGCCCGUUGAAAUUUCACAAAGGCCACUAAAUUUCAAUGUCCAAUGUAAAAUAACAAAAGUUGUGGUUGAAAUAACUUCCACCGUUUGAAUGAUUCAAAGUCCAAAACUAGUUUAAUGAUUGCUUUUGUAUAGUCAAAUUUUAAUGAGUGCUUUUGUAUAGUUUGCUUUUUUGUUUUAUUCAUAAAAAAGAUUAACGGU